AUGCCAGUGGUGCAGGAGUACGAGAGGGCGGUCAUAUUCCGCCUCGGGCGCCUCGUCUCAGGCGGCGCCAAGGGUCCAGGCAUUUUCUUCAUCCUGCCAUGCAUUGAAAACUACACCAAGAUCGAUCUGCGCACAUCGGUGUUCGACGUACCUCCGCAGGAGGUGCUGACCAAGGACAGCGUCACUGUGUCCGUGGACGCCGUGGUCUUCUACAGGGUCAGCAACGCCACCAUCAGCGUGGCUAACGUGGAGAACGCCCACCAUUCGACCCGGCUCCUGUCCCAGACCACCUUGCGCAACAUGCUCGGCACCAAGAACCUGAAUGAGAUCCUCAGCGACAGGGAUGGAAUAUCAGCGACGAUGCAAAACUCCCUAGACAGCGCCACAGACAGCUGGGGCAUCAAGGUGGAGCGCGUCGAAGUGAAGGACGUGCGCCUGCCGGUGCAGCUGCAGCGCGCCAUGGCCGCUGAGGCCGAGGCGACCCGCGAGGCGCGCGCCAAGAUCAUCGCCGCCGAGGGCGAGAGCAAGUCAUCGCGUGCCCUCAAGGAGGCGGCCGACGUCAUGAAGGACUCGCCUUCAGCGCUGCAGCUGCGGUACCUGCAGACUCUGAACUCGAUAUCGGCUGAGAAGAACUCGACCAUCAUCUUCCCGCUGCCGAUCGACUUCAUGUCGCAAUUCGUCAAUAAAUAGGACCGGGCGGCGCGGCGGCCGCGGCCGAGGCCGGUCGACCGCCGCAGCUUGGUCGCU